AUGGCGGCCGCAGGCUGCGUCUUUCACAGAGCCCUGAGCAGGUCCCGAGCCGCCGCCAACAAGGCGUCCUCGUCCCCUGCUGUGGUCUGCAGGGAGUUCCUGUUUGUGGUGGAGCUGCAGCGCUACAGCAGAGACCAGGGCUCUCCGGUCUACUUCCCCCAGGCCGUCCUCAACGGGGCCGACCUGUACGACGUCACGCUGACGGACGGCGACUGCAGACUUCAGGUGACUCUGGAUCCGGGUCUGAACCGGCUGGUGGAGAGAAACGUCCUGCAGCCCGGACAGACGCUGAGGAACGCUGCCUUCAGCUCCACCAUGACCGCCCCGCUCCCAGCAUGCACCGGGGCCGGCAUGCAGACGGACAGCUACCGGCUGGUGAGCGUGGACGUGGCAGACGGCGGUCCAGGUGAGGACGGAGACGGGAGGACGGGUGAGGACUGCUGGGAAUCUCUGCCCUGGUUUGGAUCCUCAGGAGCUACAGCAGGUCCUCUGGUUCCCCUCAGAGCCAAUCGGAGCGUGUUCCUCCCUCUGUGGAACAACGUGGACUACAGCGGACAGGUGUGGCGGGAGGCUCCGCCCACUGACGAGGACGAGGACGAGGACGAGGACGAGGAUGAAGAGCAGGAAGGACGACGUCCGACCGUCACCGUGUCCCGGCUCAGAGACUCCUUCCUGUCUGGUCGCCGCGGCGCCAUCCAGCAUCAGCUGAUCGUACGCAUCAUCAACAAGUCGCACCUGAUGUAUUACGGGAGAGCGGACAGGAACUGCGAGUGCCCAUAUAAGGCCGUGUUGGAGUUGUGCGACCGGACAGGAAGUGUGUGCGCCGUGUUGUGGAACAGCGUGUGUGUCAGCUGGUAUCGCCGUCUCAAGCCCGGUGACGUCAUCAACGUGCGACGCUUCCGAGUCAAGCAGCGUUACCAGGCGGAGCCCGGCGACAUCGAAAUCAGCGUGAACAGCAGGAAUCCUGCCGCUCAGAUCUCUGUCCUCCCAGAAUCCUCUGUCUCACCUGAGUGCCUCCCACCUGCACCCACCUACAGCUUCUACAACAGUCAGCAGCUCCUGGACCGACCUCACAACACCACCUGUGACGUCAUUGGUCUGCUGACGUUCGUGGGACGAUCCGAGCGAAUCAGGAAUGGCAGAGGGGCGGAGCUUCUGGAGUAUCGCUGGCUGCGAUUGGAGGACGGUGCCAGCGAUCAGCCCGUCAUGGUGAAGCUCUUCUCUACAUCUCAGCCUGAGACUCACCUGAAGCUCCACCCAGUGUCGGUGCUGGUCGGUACCAGACUGAUGCUGGUCCGAGCUGCAGACCACAGCUGCUUCUACCUGACCAACACGACCAACACGCAGGUGUACUGCACAGGUCAGGGCCACCACUCACAGAUGAGCUACCGGAGGCUGCGGCCAGUGCGACGCUUCCUGCAGUGGCUGAGGACGCAGGACGACGCCGCGGUGCUGAGCAGGGCUCUGAUUGGAGGAUUCUUCACGUACCCGCCUCCCCCCGUCUCCAUGGAAACGUACAUGAAGGAGUGCAGAGGUGAGCCGGGUCUCCUGCGAGUGGCGGAGCUUCAGAGGGAGCUGGACCAACUCUGUUACCGGGAGCGACGCACCUUCUGUAUCCAGGCAACCGUGACCGUGGUUACCUACAGCCGCCGAGGAGAGGAGGAGCGCUGUUUGUUCUGGACGGACCGACCUUCGUCCUUCUCUCCAUCCUCCUCCUCCUCACCUCAGCUGUCCUCCUCCCUGCCCUCCACCCCCCGAUCGUCCAGACCUCCUCCGUCCUCCUUCAGUCCAACAUCUGCAUCCUCAGCAGUCAGCCGCUCGACACCCCGAACUCCCAUCCAAACGGCAGGGUCUUGGAAGAGGAAGCUGCUGCAGACUGACACUCCAAAGAAGAGGUGA